UCAAUUGCUUAUCGACCUUCGUUCCGAGCGUUACAAUAGUCGAAAUAAGUCCCAGUCGCGUCCGCACUCCCAGUCGCCUCUCCCUUUUAAUUGUUCAGCCUCAGUCUCAUCCCAGCGCCCGAGGCAGGAACAACACAAUGCUUACGCUUGUGGCAACGCGGUCGUGAAUCGAGUAGAGCCCCCGUUCGGAAUAAAUAAUUCUGCUUACAGUCGUCUCUUCGAGUUUUGAAAAAUUCGACCCGAAGGGAGCGGGUAUCGCGAGUGUUGAUAUUCGAAUUGGUAUAGAGAGCAUUUUCGCCCUGCAAGAUGCGGCAAUUGUGCACCUGCGGCUGCCUGCAGCAAAGAGCUGCAAAGUGUGUGAAAUGUGCCACAUGAGAAAAUGCACCAGAUGUUCUUAAACAUAUCAAAAUAAAGCAAAAGUUAGAGAAUCUUUUGGAGCCCUAGUGUACAGUGCUUUAAAGUUGAAAAUUUUUUAUUUUUUUUGCUACGUUUUUUGACACACUACCAACGGAAUACAAUCAAUAUACACCUUAAGUCAACUAUUGCCUAUUUCAAAAUACUUGGAAUAUUAAGAUCUCACUGCCUCUUUAAAAUAACUGCUAUGAAGCACUUAUCGUCAAGCGAAGCGAUUAUCAUCAACAUCAUCAUGUUCUCCCGCCAGUGCCUUUCCAACACCACCCGCUUCAUACCCACAUUCGCUGCUUCCCGCCCUCCAAUCCACACCCUCCGACGGAGAUGGGAGCUCAGCCUCUGGGCGAUGGUGAUCACCAGCGGCUGCUUAAUGCUCAACGCGCCGACAACAACGGCAUUUGAUAUCGUCACGUGCAAUGUGCCGUUGGGCAUGGAGUCGUUAGUCAUAACUGAUGCCCAAAUCACAGCGAGUUCAGCCCAUGACAUGGGUUUCGUUGGACCUCAACACGCAAGACUGAAAAACGAUAAUAAUGGAGGAGCUUGGUGUCCCAAACACAUGGUGUCUAACGCCCUCAAGGAGUAUCUGCAGGUCGACUUGCUGCAGACGCACGUGAUAACCGCGAUCCGGACCCAGGGCCGCUUUGGCAAGGGUCAGGGCCAAGAGUACACCGAGGCAUACGUCCUUGAGUACUGGCGCCCGGGAUUCGAUAAAUGGCAGCGCUGGAAGAAUAUCCAGGGCAAAGAGAUCCUGCCCGGCAACAUCAACACUUACAGCGAGGUGGAGAACGCCCUGCAGCCAAUCAUUUUCGCCUCGAAGAUCCGCAUCUAUCCAUAUGGCCAAUACGACCGUACUGUCUGUCUGCGGAUCGAGAUCGUAGGCUGCCCAUGGGACGAGGGCAUCGUGUCUUACAGCAUUCCAAAAGGCGUGCAACGCGGCAUGGAGCUGGAUCUAUCGGAUAAAACCUACGAUGGCAAUGAGCAGGGCGACCGCUAUGUGGAUGGCCUUGGUCAAUUGGUGGACGGACAGAAGGGCAAGGACAAUUUCCGUACCGACAUCCAUGGAUUUGGCAAGGGCUAUGAGUGGAUUGGAUGGCGGAACGAUACUCCAGGACUGCUGGGGAACCCGGUUGAAAUUGUAUUUGAAUUCGAUACUGUUCGCAAUUUUAGUGCCAUCGUGCUUCAUACAAACAAUAUGUUUACCAAGGAUGUUCAAGUAUUUGUGCAUGCCAAGGUCUUUUUUAGUAUUGGCGGGCGCUACUUCUCGGGAGAGCCUGUGCAGUUCUCCUAUAUGCCUGACACUAUAAUGGAUCAUGCACGCGAUGUUACUAUAAAGCUGCAUCAUCGUGUGGGAAAAUACUUAAAAAUCAAUUUAUUCUUUGCUGUUAAAUGGAUAAUGCUGUCGGAGAUCAGCUUUAUAUCCGUGCCUGCCCUGGGAAAUUUUACAGACGAGCAGGACCAGCGCAGGAACUCUGCAAGUCAGGCGCAGGACACUCGUGAUGACAUAAGGAGCAACGAAUUCCAGCGCAACAAGAACAAGCCCAUCGGUGCGGGUGGCUUUGCCGGGGGCCUGGGAGAGGGCUUGGCCUCUGCGGCCGGCGAUUCCGGCGGCAAUAGCAAAUACAAAAACGGGCCGCAGUUAAUUGCGCCACGGCCCAUCGAUCAGGAGCCGAACGACGCUAACUUCAUUGGGGUGGUCAUCGUGGUCCUGACGACUAUAAUAAUCCUGCUGGUGGCCAUCAUACUGUUUAUUAUCUCGCGUGCGAAGCGGGCCCGCGGAAGUAACGUCCUGGACGCGUUCCAGUACAGCUUCAAUCCCAACACUUUAGGCGGCAACGUGGAAAAGCACCGCCACAAUGGCAACAGUAUCAAGGCCAGCGUAGAUGACAACGACUCGAUUGGCAAGAAUAGUCUUUACCACGAACCUUUUAAUGUGAACAUGUAUACAAGUGGUGUGAACGGCUAUGCGGCGGUUAAUGAUUUACAGUGCAAUAUGACGCCCGAUUAUACAGAUGUGCCGGAAGGCGGUUACGCCGUGCCUCACAUGCAGGACUUUAUGGCCCCGUCGAAAAUGGCUGGUGGAGCGGCAGGCGGUGAUGGCUACGUGAACGUACGUCGAAAUCCGCCUCCGCCGCUGAGCAGCCUUUUCCCGCGUCCGCCGACAGUUCCGCCGCCGCCCAUGGAGAAGUACUACGCCACCACCGCCAUCUUCAAGCCGCUCAAGGGCCCAGGCUCGGAGCGCAGCCCUUGCAGCAGCAACACCAACACGGUGAGCAGCGGCGGCGGAAAGAGCAGCCACAGCCACAGCAGCAGCAGUUGCGGACAGGAUCACAGCGGCAUAUACGACGACGGCAUUGGCACCAUGAACUCCAAGGUCACCGCCACCAUGAUCAAUCCGUACAGCAGCGGAAAUAGUUCAUCAACCUCAACUGCGGCCGCUGCAGCGGAAUUCCAGCGGGCUAGGACCUACAAUUUCCGCAGCUACCCCGACAAUCUCUAGUUCGAAGCCUCGCUGAAGUUGGUGGUCGGAAAUCCGAAGAGGGACACCGCUGGCCCAGAGGACAGUACCACCAUGCCGAAGAAGCCGCAGAACCUAAGUCUGGUAACCAACAUUGCGGGCGGAUACGGAGGCGGCCCGAACAAGCGCAAGUACACCCUGACCCUGCACAACAGCAAACAUACCCAAGGAGGCAAGCUCCUACGCAAUGGCCUCCAGCAGCGCCAUCACCACAAGGCCCUGGAGGGAAUCGGGGAGGUGGUUGGCGUGCACCUAAAGACCGGCCCAAAGGCAGCGGCUGCCACUCACAAAACUUCGGUCUAUACUACCAGGACGAUGGAGAAGAGCGGCAACGGAAGAGAAGUCGCCAAGGCCGGCAAUAAUAAUGAUCUGGGAGGCGGAAUGGCAAACGCGAUCAAGAGAGCACAAACCAACAGGCUGUUGAAUCAUUGAUGAAAGCCCCAUAUUGAAUGGAUUUGAGAUAGAUUAUUUUUACGGAGAUUGAUGUGAAGAUGAACCUGUAAUAGGACGUUGCGAUGUUGGAUUUUACAUGCCUAAAACAGCUCCAAUUAUGGCAAAGCUGACAGAGAGUUAGAGAAGAACAAAGAGUUUGAAUAUUUAAGUCUCGACAAUUUAACCCACUGAGCAAACAAGAAGUGAAGCGAAUCGAAAACGAAAUGAAUUCGCCUACCAAUCAUUUUUAAGUAAGGUCAAGAAUAUGCCAACAAUUUAGGUAAUGUAAAUUGUUCGAAACACCCUGUAAAUAUACGAAUCGGUUAUGAACGACUUCAUAUGAUAUUAAAUGAGUUAAAUCUUAAAGAGGACACAAGGACGCAUGGUAUUAUGCAAAACUCACAAGAUAAAAGAAUUACUAAGAUGAAUUUGGCAAUAUAAUUUGUUUAUAAAUUGAAGUAAGAAUCAUUAUAUUAAAUAACAUCUUUACGAAUAACUUGCUUAGAAUAUUUUUAUUUGACUUGUAGUACUCUUUCGAGAAGAACAUUUAAAAUCUACAAGCUAACUGUACAUGCCUGUGAACCUAUUCCUAACCUAACCUGAACCAUCUGAAAGCCUACACUCACACUACCUAAGCCCCUCUGUACAUUUUCUGUGUAUAAAAUUAUAGACAUAGAUUGUUUGCUAUAGAUGGAAACGUUAAGCUAAAUUACGUAGAACAAGCCUCUACCGAGGUAAAUGAUGAUAAAAUAUAACGAAAUUUAACGGACCAAGAGAGCGUGCAGAGUGACUUCGCCCAAACCAAGUAAAAAGAAGUUUUCAUCAAUGAUAUACACGCAUGUGCAAGUGUUCAGUUCUUAUAGCUAAAUUUAAUAUAUGGAAACAUACUACCGCAAAAAUGACUCUGACUAUAAAUGAAAGCACUAUGAAUAUAAUAACAAAUCGUAUUUAUCAUAAAUAUUAACGGAUAAUCAUGUAUAUGUUCCUUUUUAGUUUAAUGCUCAUUAGAAUCACCCGAAAACUUACUAAAAGUUAAAAGUAGAAGCUUCGUAGUUGAUUAAUAAAACAGCAGCAAAGAUUAAAUGAUUUUAAACAACCGGAUACAUUCAUAGGCGUGUUAAAGUACCACUUAAUAUACACAAGACAAGACAAUUGACUCCCAUUACAUACACCAAAAAAAUAGUUUAAAUAAAAAAUCAAUCAAAGAAACAUAUACAUGAACACGCUCCACACAAACGACGUUUAGAAUGUUUGUGCAAAAAUUUGCAGUUUUUAUCGGUAAAAAUUUAAAGUUAUAAUUAAGCAACUGGUUAAAACAGUAUUUAAACGUAUUUAAUAACAUUAGGUUUGAAGAUUUGUCCGUACUUCUCAACUUUCUGCACAAAUUCUAAACUUUUCAACUUUCAAUUGCACCAACGGGUU